AGUGUGAGCAGCAGCCUGGAGGUUGUCCACGUUUACAUCCCUCUGACGCCGAAGCCCCGCUCCACAUUUCCGCGGAGCAGCGCAUCCAACACGGGCCUCGUCCAGCACGCUCCCCGCCUUCAUGCAACUUUAGUGCUUUAGACUUUUAACUUAUUUCGACGAGUUUAUUGUAAGAAAAAAAAAUGUUUAUCCUCUGUCUUGCCUUUUCCGUGCUCUCUACGCGGUUUUCCGUGGAGUGCAACCCCAGUCCCGUGUUGGGAGAUGUAGUCGUGGACAGAUACGUCAUCCCCGCAAAGUGUCCCAGAGAGGCGAAGGACGGAGACAACGUUCGCUACCACUACAAUGCUACAUUCACCGAUGGAAAAACUUUUGAUUCGAGCCAUGAGAGAGGGGAUGCCAAGGUGGGCCUGAUCGGGGAGGGUCGCCUCAUCGCCGGCCUGGACAAAGGCCUGAAGGGGAUGUGUGUGAAUGAGCGCAGGAAGGUCACCGUCCCCCCACACCUGGCCUAUGGAAGCACCGGGGCAGGGGAAGUGGUGCCUCCCGACACCACGCUGGUGUUUGACGUCCAUCUCCUGGAUUUGUGGAACAAGGCCGACAUGGUCGUCACCAAAUCUGUCAGCACUCCCAAGAACUGCAGACGCUCCGUGAUGCGAACAGACUUUGUGCGUUACCACUUCAACGGCACUCUGCUCGAUGGCACCAUCUUUGACUCCAGCUACACCAGGAAGCAGACUCACGACUCCCUGGUGGGUGAGGGGUGGCUCAUUAAGGGCAUGGACGAGGGCCUGUUGGGUAUGUGCGUGGGGGAAAUCAGAAACAUUGUCGUCCCUCCGUUCAAAGCUUACGGGGAGAAGGGAUCAGGUACAGAGAUCCCCCCCCAGGCGACUCUGGUGUUCAACGUCCUGUUAGAGGACGUUCACAACCCUAAGGAUAACAUCACGGUUGAGAAGCAGGUGGUGCCCGAGUCGUGCAACCGCAGGUCCGUGGUGGGAGACUACGUUCGGUACCACUACAAUGGAACCUUCCUGAACGGCAUCACCUUUGACACCAGCUACCAGAGGAACACCACCUACAACACAUACAUAGGGAUGGGGUAUGUGAUCGCGGGUAUGGACCAGGGACUUCUGGGAGUCUGUAUUGGGGAGAGGAGGAGGGUCAUCAUCCCCCCACACCUGGCAUAUGGAGAGAAAGGAGCUGGUGAUGUGAUCCCCCCAUCAGCUGUUUUGGUCUUUGACGUCCACGUCAUCGACUUCCACAACCCCAACGACAAGGUGGACAUCCACAUCAGCUACAAACCUGACAAGUGCAACGACACCACUGACGUCAACGACCUCGUCCGCUACCACUACAACUGCACCCUGGUGGACGGCACUCGGCUCUUUUCCUCACAUGACUAUGAAACCAUUCAGGAUGCCUUUCUGGGAGCAGACAAGGUAAUUGAUGGGCUGGACGAGGGCCUGCGGGGCAUGUGUGCAGGAGAGAAGAGGGUGGUCACGGUGCCGCCGCACUUCGGACAUGGAGAAAAAGGAGCUGGUGGCGUGCCCGGCAGCGCUGUGCUGGUCUUCGACAUCGAGCUGCUGAGCUUUGAGAAGGGCGUCCCCCCGGGUUACCUGUUCGUGUGGAUCGGGGAGCCGCCUGCAGACCUGUUUGUGGCCAUGGACGGGGACAAGAAUGGAAGAGUGCCACAGGAGGAGUUUGGGGAUUUCAUCGCGCUGCAGGUGGCAGAGGGCCAUGGCCGCAUAAAACCCGGAAUGACCAUGGAGCAGGUCGUCACUGACAUGUUCCAAAACCAGGACCGCAAUAAAGAUGAAGCGAUCACGGCUGAUGAACUCAAAACUAAGAUAGAAGAGGACAGGGAACGGGAAGAAGCGAGGCACGAGGAGUUGUGAUAAAGAUGACGUGUUUUGGUGCUCUCUCAGGGAUAAAACCCAAAAGCUUAAAUAGAAAACGAGAAAAACAAGCAACAAGAGACUCUUCCCAGUCAGUGUCAUGGUUGAAUAUUUUUAAUAUUACAUUGAAUAAUGUUAUGAAAUGUCGAGCAAACAGUACAAAUGAUAUUUUUGGAGUUGUGUGUUGUGUGCAUUGUGCUUUUUCUGUCUGAAAAUGCAGUUUUUAAGCACCUUUAUUUGUUCCUGAGAGUCAUAAGUGAAAAUGUUUGUAAUAAAAUAAAAGUUGUUACAGUUUUCAAA